AUGGCAGGUUACUUGGACUCGCAAUGCAUCAUGGGAUCCAUGAGGCUACGGAGGACACAGCGGAUCCGUCCUUCAAGACGGACAAAAAGAAGGCUGCAUAACGAGGAGGCGUUCACAUCUGAUGAAGAGCAGACGCUGUAUUCUUUAUCAGGAGGUGUAGUGACACCUGACAGCCAGCUGGAGGAGUUCACGUCUCCUGCAGACACCACUGAAGAUGAUCUGCUUCCUAUGAAGCCGUGGGGGAGGAGCCAAUCACUGCCCGCGUAUGCCGACCUUAUAAUGGGGGCUGGAGAUUUAUCCUUCUGCAAUAACCUGGCAGGUACAAGAGAGGACGACGAAAGUGGGAGCAGCUCUACAAAGGAAAUAGAUCGAUCAGACAUUGAAGAGGAUCAAGAGAAUGGCAGAGAUGACCAGCGGCAGGACGAUUCUGCUCCGAGUCCGACCCCCCUGAGUCAGCUGGACUUCUACCAAGUCAACCUGUUCACUUAUGGCCAGACUGAUAACGAUCUCUUCAAUGAAGAUCUGUUUCCUAAAACGGACUCAUCUGAUGGAUUUGCUUCAGACCCGUUCAAAGGCAGUGAUCCUUUUGCGAAGGACGUUUUCUUUCCCUGCGCUAAUGGGGAAGCGGAAAACGCCUGCGAUGAGGCAGACACCAGCUUGUCAUGUGCUGAAAACAAAGCUUCAACUGGAACCCAGUGCUUUGAGUCUGAAUUUCCAGAUGAAGACAGUGACAUAGAAAUCAGCUACAGCAGAGAAGACCUGGACGCCAUCGCUGUGGGAGACGAUUCCAGUGGUUUUAAACCCAUCCAGAGCUCAUCAGAGGAGCUCAUGCCAGAGCCGGUGAAGGACAGGAGGUGUCCAGGUCAGUGUUCUGUAGAAUCCGACCCAAGUGGGUACGAACUGGACCUCUGUCCCGUCUCUUCACCCUCUAAGAUGGAUGAACACCAACAUGGACCUGGAGCUGAGGAGGCUUCAGUUGAAGACGCAGCAGAUCAAGGUUCAAGCUGUGCUUCAGCUCAUCAUCGUCAUCAUCAUCAUCAUCACAGUGACCGCACGAUGCCAGAACCAGAAUGGAUAAGUGACAAAAAGCAACCUGUUCCUCAUGAUCUGACUUCCAUGUUGGUAACAGAAGAGAUUAAAAUCGAUGCAGAGGAAGCCAGAAAUGCAGAGUCGCCCCUCAAUACACUGGACCCUUUAAAGCAAGUUAUACUUCAAUCUGAUUCUGAGCAGAAUGAUUUAGAUUUGAGCUACAGCUCAGCCUGUCCUGCUUCCUUUGAUCCUUAUGGGUUUAAACUCAGCCCAGAAAACUCCAGCCAUACCCUGGUAGACCCUGAUGAAGCUGAGCUGAGCCCAGAACAGGCAGAAAAUGCUACCAUCUUCGAUGAUGAACCCACAUCUCCUCCGCCAUAUGAGCUAACUUUUGAUCCCUAUGGGUUUGACAUCACCGCCUGUCAAAUUGUACGUGACUCAGACCCUUAUGGCUUUAAACUCAGCCCCGAUGAGGAGAACCAGGUGGAUUUAGACCUUUGUGAUGAUCAUAACCUGGAGGAAAUGGUUCUCACUACCCAUGAAAACGACGAGGGGUUGGAAAACUUUAACUAUGCAAACCAGGAAGUACUGAAACCUCAGACAUAUGAAAACCAAGAAGUUCUUGAAGAGUAUGACUACACCCUCGAAGAAGUCCCUAAUUAUGAAAGUUUUGGAAACCAAGAGGUGUUGGAGCCAUCUUUGAACAAUGAGCUGCUCACCUCUGAACAAAAGGAACUCACAGAUUACAGCUCUUAUGAAAACCUAGAGGUGGUGGAGACCUGUCCCAUUAACAACAAGGAGGUGCUACCAGAACCUCUGAGCUAUAACAACCAAGAGUGGGUGGAACCAAAUAAUUCUGGCAGUAACGAACUGCAAGAAUUUUCAUAUCCUGAAAACCAGGAAGUUUUGGAUUUAGAUAAUUAUGGAAAUCAAGAGCUUCUGGGAUUUCAUGAAACGGAAAAGAAAACAACGCUCAUCUCAGAUGUCCAUCUUGACGAACCACAGGAUCUUGGCGUCACUGAAAAUCAGAAAUUUGACAAUCUAUGUAGCCAUGACAACCAAGAGACACUAGACAUGUUUAGUCAUGAAAGUGCAGCCGGAGUGAAAAGAUAUCAAGGCAUCGUUGAAACAGACCUAAAUCGCAGUUUGUCCAGUAACAGCUCAGACAGCGAGCUAGCAUCCAACAAUGUACAAAGGCCGGAACCCUGCAACACAAAUGUGAGUUCUGUCAACAGUAUAAUCGCUGCUUCAACGUAUGCGCUUCAGCAGGCCAUCAGCAGCAGGUCCACCAUGCAGGACUCCAGGCCAUCAGAAUCCCCAAACACUCAGAUGCUCUUUGGAGCUGAUCUGGGAGCCGUGUUUGAAGCUGGAGGAUACGUAGCAUGUCCGGAUGUAGCCGAUGACCUGGAGCCUCUGAACAGGUGUCAAGAAACGCCCCCGCCAAGAUCCGCACCGGAUCUGGUACAACCGAGAAGACCAGUUAGGCCACCUAGACCAUCUCUUAAGAACAAAGAGAAGGCCACCUCUGGGGGAAUCGACCUGAAGUGAGCUCUGCUGCGUCUGCUUCAUCUUCUACCAAAGCCAA